AUGGACUAUUGUACAAGCUCCCUGAAACCUUUCUCUGCCAAUGAGGUCUGGGAAGCUAGCGCAGGAGACGACACUAAGCUUGUUUUCUCACAUACCACUAUCGUGGCCGUUCAGAAUCACCAAGUCUACCAAGGGACUAGUAAAAAUCGGCUAGAAGGCAUUGAUAAAACGACCAUCAUCAAACAACUCUCCCCGAUCCCUCGAGAGGAUAUCUAUCCACCAUGCCCCCCUCAGCUCACUCGCGCUCCGGAAAUCUACAUCAAGGUGCCUGACCUCAAGCUUUAUUCCCCUGAGCGUAAAGGCAUCAUCGCUCAGCGCCUUUUGCACGAAGCUGGAAUCUACCAAACCUUGCGAGAACACCCCCACCCUAAUCUAGGUCAAAGCCUAGGUUGUGUCGUUGGGAGAGACGGCCUCCUCCAAGGGCUGGCACUCUUCAAGUACAAAACCACUCUCUUCGAGAUGGCGCACGAUGUUUCCUUUGAGCUAGGUCAGCGUGAUAAGUGCAUCACUGCUAUCAAGUCCGCUUUGGAUCACCUCCACACCUUAGGACUUGCGCACAACGACCUCAGCCCUCUCAACAUCAUGUUCACGGACGAUGGGGAGCCUGUAUUGUUGGACUUUGACACUUGUCAUCCCAUUGGUAUGAAUUUAGAGAAAGGUGGAAAAGUUGGAGAAUGGGAGGGGAUUGCGAGCGCGGUCUACAAUGAGUCGUCGGUUAAGUGCGACUUGAAGGCAUUGGAGCAUUUAAAUUUGUGGUUGGAGAAGAAGUAUGAGGAGAUGAACGCCGUUGUAAGCAACAUAUGA